AUGGGUCCCGAAGUUCAUAGCGCGUCCACUCAAAAACUCGUAGACAACCUUUCAGCCAAGCUUAGACGAAGGCAAAUCGUGGGCUCGCGAGCUGCCGCAUUGGAAACUCUCCUCGUUCUUCGACAAAUCGUCUCGAAAGCCCGGUUCUCCAAUAUCGAUCAGUUGGUGGAGAUAAUCAGACAUGCUGGCCGCCAGUUAGUGGAGGCUCAACCGAAAGAGCAUACCGUAGGGAACACUGUGCGCAAAGUACUACAUCAUAUCAGAGAAGAGUACAACACAGCAACACAUGGAGGUGCUUUGGCGCAACCCCGUAGUGCAUUCUCUAUAGCGAAGUUCCUUGUCCAAGGCCAGCCUAGACAGCAAAAUGUUGCACUCAAAUCAUCAGACAACAAGCAGCCACUCAAGGAGAACGAUGCUGAUGACCCUGAUUCGUUUGCUAAAGGCCUCAAACCUGUCCUUAUGGAGGCUAUCCAAGACGUUUUGGACGAACUGGAGACAGUCUACGAUAAUGUGUCAAAAAAUGCCAAAGAUCAUAUCCACUCUGACGAAAUAAUACUCACGCUUGGGAUGUCGCGAACAGUGGAAGCCUUUCUGAAAUCUGCCGCGCACCAUCGAAACUAUACUGUCAUUGUGGCGGAGACAGGUCCAUCGUAUAGCGGUCACGAUAUGGGGAAAGCCUUAUCCUCAUCCGGAAUAUCGACCUUCUUGGUACCAGACUCCUCAAUAUUUGCCUUGAUGUCCCGAGUGAACAAAGUAAUAAUCGGCGCUCACGCUAUUCUCGCGAAUGGUGGUAUAUUUGCCGUUUCAGGAUCACUCCUUGCCGCGACAGCAGCACGGGAACACAGUACGCCGAUAGUGGUAUGUGCAGGGCAAUUCAAGUUCACCCCCUUGUGGAAUUUAUACCACGAAUACGGCGCCCUCGACUUCGGCGAUCCGAGCAACGUCUUGGGAUUCGAAGAGGGCGAUCUGGUGGACAAAGUCGACGUCGUCAAUCCAUACUACGAUUACGUUCGCCCGGAACUAAUAGAUGUCUUUAUAACUAACUACGGGGACCACCCUCCAUCCUCAAUAUACCGGUUGAUCAAGGAAACGUACGACGACGAGGACAUUGAGUUGUAG